UGUUGAUGGCCCUGUUUAGUGACGUCACGAAUGUGACGUUGGAUCUUGGUUCGUAAAGCGGUGGCGCGCCUGAAUGGUAUAGUAAUAGUAUUUUUAAUUGAAAACAAACAUUCUACGUCUGUUUUCUGCCUGGACUGCACAGGGACACACAAGGACAGUUUCAGUGUCUGCAUCGAGACUCAAAGUAACAAAAAAAAUGUACUAACGAGGAUUUACGCGAGUGGAAUCUCGGCCCUGAAACGGCUAACGUCAGGCCCUGUCAACGCUAGCUUAAAAGCAUCGUCGUUCUAGUUUGCAGACGCAGAAAAAAGGAAUGAGGUAUGACCUCGGUGGUAGUGUCAGAUGGUGGAGGGAAUAUAGUGGAGUAUGUAACGGUGGUGGAAGAAACUCAGCAGUGUGACCAGCAGCUUGCUGAAGAGGAGGAGGAAUUUGUACAGCAGGAGGUGGUUGUGAGUGCUAAUGAGGAGGAUGAGGAGACUGUGGUGCUCCAGGAGGAGAGUUGCCCAGCAGUUAUUGUGGAGGAGGUUCCCAGUGCCCAGGUAGAGGAAUGCUACUCUGCACAGGUUCUGGUCUACGACGAUGAGACGUAUCUCAUGCAGGAUGUGGCUGAGGAGCAGGAGGUUGUGACAGAGGUGGUAGAAAGCGACAUGUGUGAAGACAUGGUGUGUUUUGACAAAACAUUUGAAGCAGCUGAAGCACUACUUCACAUGGAGUCCCCUGGAGGAUUACACAAUGAGCGUGGCACAGAGGAUGUGAUGAUGGAAACAGUGGUGGAGGUCUCAACAGAGUGUGCACCCAUAGAGGAGGAAACUUUCCCAGUUCCCCCGGACUGUGAGCCAGUGCUUAAAAAGAAAAGAGGAGGUGGACGAAAGCCAAAGGCACAACAGCCUGCAUCAAAUGGUUCCUUUGACCUGGGGAUCAAAAAGAGGCAACGGGAGGGGAAAGGCAACACCACCUAUCUGUGGGAGUUCUUGCUUGAGCUGUUGCAGGACAAGAACACUUGUCCGAAAUAUAUUAAGUGGAUGCAGAGGGAAAAGGGCAUCUUCAAGCUAGUGGACUCGAAGGCAGUGUCCAAAUUGUGGGGCAAACACAAAAACAAACCGGACAUGAACUAUGAAACAAUGGGCCGAGCUCUAAGGUAUUAUUACCAGCGUGGCAUCCUUGCAAAGGUGGAGGGUCAGCGACUGGCAUACCAGUUCAAAGAAAUGCCCAAGAACAUCAGAGUGAUUGAGGAUGAAGGUGGAGAGGAGGAAGGGGAGGAUAGUGAUGUUACCGGCCAGCACACUCCCACCACCCUGGUGACCAACGUCCCUGCUGCCACACAGCCUCAACAGACCAUCGUCACUGUUAUCCCGAGCAACGCUGCCAACAGACAAAUCCGAGCAAUGCCUUUAAUGAUGACCAAUUCUGUUGGCCAGGUGACAUUAAACUCUUCCCCCUUCCUCACCACCACCACAGGAGUCCCAGUAACCGUAGCAAACGCCAACUCUCAACCAAAACUAGUCUUCCAGGCUCUUCCCACCAUGUUACCCGGCAGCCCUAAACCUGGCGAGAAGAUUACCAUCAUCACCAUCCCAGCAAAUCAACUGGCAACACUAAUGCAGGCUAGCCCCUCCGGUCAGGUGACACAGCUCGUCCAGACCAAAUCUGGGGCCACACAAUUCAACAAACCAUCAGAAGUUCAGCAAACUACACAGCUCAUACUUGCUCAGCCAGCGGCUGUAGCCCAACCACUGCCACAGCUUUCAGUCCAGAUCACGAAAUCUAAAAUGACGACUGGCCUUCCAGACCUUUCCCCCCCAGGACCUGACCAAGCACAGUCAGAAGCUCUAUCUCACUGUAGUCCUGUUGUUGCAACCAAAAGUUUGGCUUCCUGAGAGCACAGCACACAGCAGAGUGCAGCAGGUGCGCCGGAAGUAAUAUGGACACUGUGUGAAGUGCAAAACGUGAAAAGUAUACCGCCUCAUUGUAAGGGUGCACUGUUUGCAAGGAUCCGUAUCAGCCUGCACAAACUGGAACUGCAUAGAUGAAACGGAAAUAUUCGGAUGGGGGAGGCGGAGCAAACAGACCAACACAUUUACAGACAUAACUUAUGCAUUCAGGUACACAUGCAGACACCACACACAAGUCCUACAGUAGUGUGACAGGAUCAGAUUGUAGAUUAUGAACCUUUUUUGUAUUAAAAUUAAAGCCUGAAAAGACUUUGCUGUUAACAAAUGUACUUUUUCAGUAAGUGUGUGUCAAUAAAUAAAACUUAGCAAGUGUGUCAUUUCGAAAGGUGCAUAUGUGUGUGACUCAAUAUUCUUGAGUGUAUUGACUGGAUACUCUGCAGGUGCAUUUCAAUCUGUUCCACUCUAGCAGUUACUGGUGAGUGUCGGUGCACUGCUUUUUUUUUUUUUUUUUUUUAAACGACGAUGAAGGCAGUAAAGUGCGUGCGUGUGUGCAUCAAAUGCAAGACAAUACGUUGCAUAACUA